GAGGUUCGUGAUUUGAUGUAGAUCUGCAGUCUGAAGCCUAAUAUAUGUUUCUUUUUAAAUCCCACAGAAGGUAAGUGAUCUGUGAUCUGUGGUGUUAGAGGCGCAUCUGCGCGUUUGUGGCUCCAGGGUCACACCUUCUGCAGACAGCUGCGCAGCAGGAUGUACGGCGCUUCCCUACGGGCUGUGGGAGCUGCUCUCCGACCGCAAGGAUAAGUGAGACAAAUUAGAAAAAGUGAGCAGCUAUAAGACUACUUCAAUAUCUUUAAUUGAGAGGAGACUUGACAGCUUUCAUAGGCUGUAAGUGUAAGCUCCUCCACUGGGCAUGCUCAAUCUGGUUUGAAACAGGAGCAGAGAGGCUCGGUGUGAAUAACAGGCAGUUUGGGCGUUUUUUUUGAGGAGGCUCAUCGCCCUCUUCAUCCUCGAUUCUCCUUAUUUGGUCUGGUGUACAGAUCUGAGAAGAGGACCGUUCUCCCUUUGAUCUGACUGGGAUAUUUUUCAUCCUGAUCAUGCAUGAAUGACAGCGGUGAAGAUCUGCGCUCUGAUCUUAUCUGCUGAGACAAAGAGCGGCGGUGUGUAGCGGUGGCGUCGCCCAAAGAGCGCGGAGAGGGAGCGGGCUGAGCUGAGCGUGAAGGAGGUGAGUCUGGAGGCAGCUCCGCGUCUCCAUCAGACGCUGUCCGCUCAGCACCACCGCAGUCACCUUGCUGUGAAAGUCACGAACAACAGGCGACCUGCUGGAUUCAAUGACCCGAUCUGGAAACUGUUGCUGUUUGUGUUUUGUUUUUUUUUUUAUACGUGCACAUCUCUGAUCUGGGAGCAAUCUGACGUCCAUUCCUAAUGUGAUUCCAUUGGCUGCACUCAUUCUGGAUGUCGAUUCUAUACCUUCAGCAGAGCCUGGCAAUGUUAACAGUUUAAAAUCAGCCAGGUGCAUGUCAGGUGCUGGUAAGGAAUACACGGUAAUAGAGGGAAUGCAUGUCAAACAACCCUGAUUUCCUCCCAACUGGCGACUGGUUGCUUUGUGCGUAAUUGCUGUGCGCCGUUAUAAAGGUACAUCUAGACUGACCUUUGCAAUGAGGGGAACUUAGUGGAGAAAUGCCUAAGGGACGAGAUGGGCCUGAGCGACGACAAGGAUCGCAUUGUGAUAAACGUAGGAGGGAUCAGACAUCAGACAUACCGCAGUACCCUGCGCACCCUACCUGGAACCCGCUUGUCCUGGCUGGCCGAGCCUGAUGCGCCCAACCACUUCGACUAUGACGCCAAGAUCGAGGAGUUCUUCUUCGACCGCCACCCGGGCGUUUUUGCACACAUCCUUAAUUACUACAGGACGGGUAAACUGCACUGCCCGGCCGACGUCUGCGGGCCGCUGUAUGAGGAGGAGCUGGCCUUCUGGGGCAUCGAUGAGACAGACGUGGAGCCAUGCUGCUGGAUGACCUAUCGACAGCACCGGGAGGCAGAGGAGGCCCUUGAUAGUUUCGGCGGAGGGGGUCUGUUAGACCUGGGGAGCGAGGAUCCGGAGCCAGAGCCGGAGCAUGAGGAUGAUGAUGAGAUGACGAGGAGGCUGGCGCAGGGGGAUUCACCUGAUGUGAGGAGUGGCAGCCUGUGGAGCCGCUGGCAGAAACGGGUCUGGGCUCUGUUCGAGGAUCCAUACUCUUCAAAAUAUGCCAGGUGGAUCGCUCUGGCCUCGCUUUUCUUCAUUCUGGUGUCUAUCACCACCUUCUGUCUGGAGACCCACGAAGCCUUCAACCCGAUUGUGAACCGCACCGAGACGGAAGUGCUGGACAAUGAAACGGUGGUGAGCACAUACCAGGAGACAGAGACGGCGGCCUACCUCACCUACAUCGAGGGCGUCUGCGUUGUGUGGUUCACUUUUGAGUUUCUGAUGCGAAUAACUUUCUGUCCGAACAAAUUUGACUUCAUUCGGAAUGCGCUCAACAUCAUCGACUUUGUGGCCAUCCUGCCCUUCUACCUGGAGGUGAGCCUCAGUGGGCUGUCCUCCAAGGCAGCGAAAGACGUGCUGGGAUUCCUGAGAGUUGUCCGCUUUGUGCGGAUCCUGCGUAUCUUCAAGUUAACCCGUCACUUUGUGGGGCUGCGAGUUCUGGGUCACACUCUGAGGGCCAGCACCAACGAGUUCCUCCUCCUCAUUAUUUUUCUUGCUCUUGGCGUCCUCAUCUUUGCCACAAUGAUCUACUACGCAGAACGCAUUGGAGCCGACCCCAACGACCCGAGAGCCAGUGAGCAUACACAGUUCAAGAACAUCCCAAUUGGAUUCUGGUGGGCGGUGGUGACGAUGACGACCCUCGGCUACGGAGACAUGUACCCUCAGACGACCUUUGGCAUGCUGGUUGGAGCCCUGUGUGCCCUGGCAGGUGUGCUGACCAUCGCCAUGCCAGUACCAGUAAUUGUCAACAACUUUGGAAUGUACUACUCCCUGGCAAUGGCUAAACAGAAACUACCAAAGAAAAAAAACAGGCAUAUCCCCAGAGCGCCCCAACCAGGCUCCCCUAACUAUUGUAAGUCCAGCAUCAGCUCCCAGCAUCCAAGCCCUAUACCCCAUGACGAUGUGUUUGAGAUCAAAUUUCAAGAUUCCAAGCUGAACGGCGAAGCGGCUAACGCAGCACUGGCCAACGAAGACUGCCCGCACAUAGACCAGGCCAUUUCUCCAGAGGAGAUCUUCAGCCCCAGCGAGCGAGAGCGGCCCUGCUUCUUGGUCACCACGGCUGAACACCCCAACCACACGGGGGGCAGAGUGAGGAGGGAGAACCAACGACAGCACCGGAGCAGACAACCAACAGAAUUGGACGAGCUGUGCCCACAGAGUCUUUGGCCUAUCGCCAACCUCUGACCAACGAUGACGAAAUUCAUACUUGGAGACCUCUCGGUGCAAAUGGGCAUGGGUUUGAGCAGGCAACAGAUACAAACAGUGUGCAAUGCUCUCUA